AUGCGAUUUGCAUCCAUCCUUACAAGUGGUUUGACCUCAUUGAGCGGUGCAAUAUUGGCCGAGGCUUCUGGUGGAGACAGUUUUCUCGGCCCAGUCUUUACUGCUCCUGUGAACAUCUCAAAGAGUCCUUCUCUGUCUUCCUCUUUGGGCCAGAUGGCCCAAGAUAUCACAACAGCUUUGAAUGCAGCAUUUGGGCAGGAGACUGAAAAUUCCGUCGCCAUCUGCGGAUUUUCUAUUCAUGACUUUGGAGAAUCUCCUUUGUUCGAUUACUAUCACACAGGGAAUGAUCUAUCGCCGAACGGAACAGGUAACGUGGGUCCGGACACUGUCUUCAGGAUUGGUAGCAUCUCAAAGCUUUUUACCGUGUAUCAGCUGCUUCUACAAGGAGGCCACAACCUUUUGAAUGAACCCAUCUGGAGAUAUCUAGAUGGCCUACCCGCUAAUGACGAUUAUAAUGCCAACCCAACUGUGAAAUGGGAUGAAAUAACCGUUGGAGCUCUUGCCGGUCAAAUGGGAGGAAUUCUACGUGACUAUAAUCAUGCGGACCUAGCUGGUUUGAAUCUUCCGUUUCAAGAACUGGGCCUGCCUAAGCUCUCAGACGAAGAUAUUCCCCAUUGUGAUGGGAGCUUGUCCCAGCCGUUGUGCUCAAGGAAUGGAGAAGGUCUGUGGGAUUUAGAACUUGGGGAUGAUAUGCCUGCAGGUGGAAUAUAUUCCAGUGCACGGGAUCUUGCUGUGUUUGGCAAAGCAAUAUUACAAAGCACGCAACUUCCUCCAGUGGUUACGCGCAGGUGGCUAAAGCCGAUUACCCAUACAUCGUCUUUAUACUCCUCAGUUGGCCAACCCUGGGAGAUCUAUCGACAGGCAGACCGCGACCAUGUGGUUGACUAUUACACAAAAGGGGGCAGCAUCGGAUCAUACGAAAGCUUGAUAGUUCUUAUACCAGAUUACGGUAUUUCUUUCUCCGUUCUAACUGUGGGCAAAGACAGUCACCUGGGUUUGAAAUUAGCAGAUGUUAUUAAAGAUACGGUUUUGGCAGGCGUCGCUACUGCCGCAAGAGAACAGUCAGCCCAACAGUUUGCUGGCCGAUACGAAAUCACCGAUCAACCUGGCAAUCUUCUGAUCAUUGCGGUUGAUGAAAAGCCAGGGUUGGUGAUUCGGGAGUGGAAAAGCAAUUCUAUCGACUUCCUACAAGUGGCCCAGGAUUAUGCCGCAAGCACAGGAAGUGGGCUGCAAUCAGUCCGUCUCUAUCCGACGGGUAUUUCCAAUUGUGAUCAAGUCAUUUUUCGCGCAGUAUACAAUACUACUUCUGGGACAAGUCAAUCAGGAUUGUUUGAACGCGGUUACCAGGCUUGGGAGGGUGUUGACCAACUUGUCUAUGGGCAACGGCCGUUGGAUGAGUUCGUUUUUGAAAUGGAGGACCACCUGGCGACAAAAGUCGAAUGCAAAGGUCUUCUUCGAACACUUGAGAGAGUUGGUUGA